AUGGGACUUGUUACAAAACGCUGUGAAGAACCCGAAGGAUGUCAAUGCGGAAUCGAGUCAAUGGCUGAGGUUAAUGGAGAAGAUGGCCAAGUCAUCACUGCUCCCGCUUCAAGCCAACGAGAGUCGACAGCAGAAGGUGCGGGACUGCCAGAAACCGAUUUAUCUGCGCCGCUAGGAGUGCGAGCAAGGGAAAUCACCAUUCAUCCCGUUCUGCAAUCCAAUCGCCAGUCAGUGCUUCAUGAAACUGAUCGUCUAGAGCAGCAACAAAUCGUAGAAGGUGAGGGAUUGCCAGAAGAUGAUUUGUCCACACCUUUGGCUAAGCAAGCUUUAAUGUAUGGUGCACGUGCCUCUUCGCAAUAUAGACUGAGGAGCGAACGAGAAACUGCAUCUACGCAAUCUGUACAGCCAGAACAGCAACAUCAAAAUGCGCAACAAUUUAGGAAGUGUGAGGGAAUGUUAGAGGUUGAUCUAUCUGUUCCGCGUGUACCUGCUGCGGGAAAAACAUUACAUCCUUUACGACAGCUUGAUACUGCACUUGAUCAUCCACGGAUAAGCGCCGUAGGUGAAGGACUACCAGAAGCUGACCUGUCCGCACCAUUAUCUAAACAGGCCUUGAUGUAUGGCAAACAUCCUUCUUCGCAGUAUAGAAUGCAUAGCGAGCGAAAAACUGGUCUUUCAAAUCAAAGAAUGCCCUUUGAGCAUACCAGGUUACAGCCUGUUAGCCAAACGGAGCAAAGAGAAGAAGAAGGAUUACCGGAAAUUGAUCUGUCAGCUCUUAAAGCCCAAGCAAUGGAAGGAAGACCAGGCUAUGCCUCAGAAGCAAACACUCGUGUGAAUUUUGAUCAAAGGCAGCGUGCAGAAGGAGAAGGAAUGAAAGAGUUUGAUUUGUCCGCCUUGAAAGCUCUAGAAGGUUCAGAAUCUGCUUCAUAUCCCCCUUUAAAGCCAUCAAUGUUCCGCGAAAAUGAUUAUCAAAGAAGUGCUGAAAACGAGUAUUUGCCAAGACUAAGCCAAUUAACAAACAUAACAAUGCAAGCUCCCGAACUCACCCAUCGUUUUCCAAAACCAGCAACAGACCACUUGACGGAGCAAAGAGAGGGUGAAGGUCUACUAGAAGCUGAUUUGUCCAUUCCUCUUACGUGUCGUGCGCCGGAAUCCACUUCUCGUUCGUUACCACAACCAACACAGCAGUUAUCGCUUCCCCAUGCCUCAGAGAGAGAAGAAGAUAACCAACAAUUAAAGGUUCCUUCAAAGCAGAGAGAAGAAGGUGAAGGAUUGUUAGAAAUCGAUCUGUCUGCUCCUCGGCCGAAUCAAGGUGGAGGAUUUGUGCUACGUCCCUUUGGACAAAGAGGAUGUUCUUCUUAUUCACAACAAGAACGAAGACGACGAGGAUUUGCCCAUUUGGAGCAAUGGCAGAGCAGGGAAGGCGAUGGAUUGCCAGAAACUGAUCUUUCAGCACCUAACGCAAUGCGGGCUAGAGAAUUAGUGGUGGGACCUACUACGCAGUCAACAAAUAACCAGGGACCCAUCAUAACUGGAGAAGAUGAAAGAGUACCAGAUGCGGAAUCUCUUGCAGAGCAACCGCCAGCAGAAUUGCGCGAAGUUGCUCAAGAAGGCCAUCCGCCGAAUAAACAGGAAAGAGAAGGCAUGCUAGAGGUUGAUUUGGUGGGAGCCACAAAAUAAAGGAAAUCGGAAGAACCAAGCUUGAAUGAUACUGAAUAAAAAUUUACGAAAAUGUGCACUUUGUAUAAAGAUCCUCCGACUGAUUCCAUGUGCAUGUUCUUGUGUAAUAAUAUGAUGUAAUAAAGCAAAAUUUUAGAC